UCGUCGUCGUCGUCGUCGGGGCAAACCGGGGACGCUAGCGUUCCCGAGAUUGUGUCCAUGCGGCUCGAUCCGGCCCAAUUCACGGGACCAUCUACGUCGUACAAUUGGAACAACGGGAACGCUAUCCACCAUUCGAGAUUGUUGCCUUUCCAUCGCCUCCAAGACUAUACCACACCGGGAAUAUGUUUGUUUCGUUUCCGGGCCUCGUCGGUCCCGAGGUUCGCUCGUGGCCCCGAGAUAUUCAAGCGGGAACGAGAUCCCGCCGAUGUUGUCGCGGACGGUCGCGCCUAUCACCGUCGAUUUUCCUCGUCGGUUGAUCGUUGCUCGGUCGAGCACGGGGACGGAUCCGAAACCAGAAACGCCACUGCCUUUCGUGUCUCUUAUGACUCGGUUUACCGCAGCGGAGUGCGCGCGCGCAUUCGAACGAAUAUUUUGCAGAAAAAAAGCGGUGAAUGUCGUGUACAGCGAGGGAACGAUCGAUUCAACGUCGAAAACGAGGAAAAGGAAGGUGACGAUGGUGGCGGCUGUAACGACGACGGCGACGACGACGAUGACGAGGAUCACACCGACGAUCUUAUUUUAUCGACGUCCCAAGAAUCGAGGUCACGAUCUUGUUACAUCGGAAGCAGGAAACCGAGGACGAGGUGGAAGAACGAGGAUCGCGCGAAUCCGUUCGAGGAAUCCGUCAAUUUCUCUCGAAUCUGUAUCGCGAAUGUCACGCACGUUCCUUCAGUCGAUGCAUUUUCUUACACUGCCUACAAUGACGAGAACGAUAUCGAGAGCUGUCGCGGUGAUAAGGACGAGCCGCGUGUCGCGUCAUCCCCCGAGAUCGGGGACGUUCGUUUCGAAGAGGAUAAGCGUACAGGCGAGGAAGAAGAAGAGACCAAGUUUCGCCGGGUCACGCGACGAAUUACGGACGAGGCGAGCCAAGUGGUGGAAAGUAUUUGUGGGGAGGAGGGAGAACGUUAUCGAAAAUUUCGAGAUCGCGGUGAGCUGAAUUGUUGGGGAGGGGGAGGUAGUCGUACGCGCGUCAAGGUGCGCGCCGCGAGUGUAAACGGCGGGAAACGCGAGAGCCACUACACUGCCCGGUUCCACCAACGGAACCCGAUCACCAACGGAAGUGGCGAGAACGUGACGAAACUCUCGACGAACGGACCAACAAAGGUAUCGAGUAACAACAACAACAAUAAUUGGUGCGGCCGAAAGUACGGAUUGCUGUUCAUCUUGUAUCUAUUGGCUUGCCCGGUGGUGUGUUCCACGAAUCCCUCCGGACAGUUUAUCCCCGAUUUCACCCAUAAUCCAUCCCUCGUGCAAAACCUUCCCCGGCACAACGCCACCCAAAUUUCGUCCCUGUUGUUAUCCUCGAGCGUCGCCGCGCAUCAACGCCAACAACAGCAAGAGCAACAACACCAGCAACAUUAUCGGCAGAUGGAUGAAGGGGAGCAGGGGACGCGUGAACAGUUGGUUCGUGACGUCGAGCAGCACGGUGGUAAGGACGGGCAUCAUCGUCGCCGACACGAGGAACAGCAGGCGGAUGAUCAGGCCCGCGAGCAACGGGAGGUGGAGGAGUGGGCUUACAGGGAAGCUUUCCCUUUCGAAACCGAAUCGACGCAUCCUUACAACGAAUACAGCUGGAAGGUGAACCAAAUAAAUCCUUGGUUGUCGGCCUGCGAUCUGGCUGGCCCAGCGCCGGCCGAUCUUCAGGGUAGCUGCGCCCCACCGAAAGUGCCGCAAGUGCCGAGGAAUUGCCCGCUCCCCUGCUCGGUGGCGAGCGCGGGGGGAAGAGGCGAUUCCGAGUUCUUCGAGGUGACGAACAGGGUCAAGGUCAGCGGAAUUGAGGAGGAGGAGGAGGAGGCGGUUGAAUCGGGACGGUUCGGUUCGAGUUCGAUAAAGUCUUUCUCGGGGGCGGGGGGAGGCGGUGGCGCGAGUGAGAGAGGCGGAGAUGAUGGAGAAAAUGGCGAGGGCGUGCGAAUGGUUCCGGAACAGUGCCUUUUUUAUCUCGAGGAGUCGCAUAAAAGGAACAUCUGUCGGGAUGAUUUUGGCCCCAGUUUUUCAACCCUAAGGGAGAAUCGAUACCGGUUCAUGAGCGGGCUGCGUCUGCGGCACUGCUGCGAUCACACGGUGGUCAACGCCCUGGCACCUGGCAAGGGUGGUCCGCUCGAGAAUGUGCUAAACGGUGGCCAGAAGUGCGCCGAUGCCCUGGACAAGCUGUUGGACGUCGAUAAGUUAGCCGCAACAUUGCAUUGUGAGUUCGAGGAAGUGCUCGCGCGAUACGACUGUGCACAGCCCUAUUCCGUCAUCUUCAACUGCACCCACUGCAAGGAAGCGUAUAGAAAAUGGGUGUGCAGCUCCCUGGUGCCUUACUUUGCUCAUGGGGAAAAACCGCAGGACUUGAACAGCUCGAGCAGCUGGGCCGGAAGCAGACUCAGGCCCUGCCGAUCCUUUUGCCAAUCCGUGGAGCAACGUUGCCCCUACUUGCUACCGGGCGACCGUGCCCCCUCCUACCCCACGCAAUACGCCGGUGAACCGACCUUCCUUUGCAGAGAUCCAAAUAUACCCGAGACCGGAGAGCAAGCCGCGAGGGCGUUGCACAGCAACGAGGAAAACGAGUGUUGCUUCCACGCGUGUUCCGAGGAGUUGGCCGGGUCGGGUAUCUGCGCCAAUUGCACGAAUCAGGUGCUAAGGAGGCGCGGGAAGGAUUACGAUCCCCCAACGGCUCCCUAUUGCGACGUUAAUUGCACUCAACCGGCUUCCACGGGCGGAGGAUACCAAGACACGGGAUCGACGGAGGAAGGAGAGAGAUGCCCUGUGACGAAUCCUGUGUCGGUGAGGAAUACGGUGCGACUGCAGGGGACGUUGGUGUGCGGAACUGGCGGUGGCGUCGACUCGAUCGCAAGCGUUUCCUCUUCCAAUCGAUCGGCGGCCUCGAUCCUCCCGCAACUCUUUUGGCUAUGCUCGAUCUUGACCAGUAUCCUUGGCAACGUUCGAACGAUUCCCGUCCUCUGGAUCUCGAAGAUCUUUCUUUGGUCGAUCAUGCCCCUAGCUGGUAUACGUGGCGACGAUUGUGACGGUGGUGGUGGUGGUGGUGGUGGUGAUAGUGGUGGUGAUAAUGGUGAUCGUGGAUCGAACAGGGGAGAACUGGUAAACUUUCUCGCCUCUUGGCUGCGCCGUUGUUUUCGCCGAGCAAACUGCGUGGGCGUGUUGCGUUACAUCGCGAGCCGAUUGUACGGGAGGUGCGUGGCGGUGGAGCACAGGCGUCGAAGUUGGUGGUGUUGCUGCUGGUACUGGUGGUGGUGGAGGUGGUGGCGAAAAGUAUCCGCUCGAUGGGAACGUUCGGCCCCUCGCGGGCAUCGAUCGCGCGAAAAUAUUCUCGGUCAAUUGGCCGGUACGCGUCCUCCUCCUCCUCCUCCUCCUGUUGCCGUCUCCACGAUAUCGGCUCGUGUCGUUGCACCGGCAACUACCGCCAUCACCACCAUCACCGCCGCCACUACCCACGAGCCUUUCUCCUUUACCCGCUCGGUAAAAAUGUAUCGCGACUCGUGCCACGAGCGUUGGUCAAUGGUGUGGAUACGACGAUGGCCGCCCAAUUUCCUCGUUGACUCGUUUACGGUAAAGUGUCCAUGGCGGCGAUGGAGUUGGUGGUGGUGGUGGUUGUAUCGAUGGUGGCGACGAACACGAGGCACGCGGCAACGAGCCGAGAAAAAGAAUCGUCCUUGGCUCGCUCUUCGACAGGACGAUCGAGGCGUUCGAGCGUCCGAUCGAAGGAGGAGGAGGAGGAGGAAAAGGAGGAGGAGAGGGGGAAGGAUGACAACAAGGGUUUUGAACAAUGUUUUCGAAGAGGACGUUCGAUCUUCUCCGACCAGACGCCGAUAUUUUAAACUGUCCUCGAGGAAAGAUCCGCCAUAGAACAAUUCGAGGAAUACGCGAAAGCGUGAAAUACAGGUUUUUUUCUAUCCGUAACCAGAGCUCUCUCAGAGUCGAAAAGGACUUUGGCCGUACCUUUUUCGCUCGUGAACUCCUCAAGAUCUCAAGGUCUUGGAGCGAGGCAAAGACCGCGAGAAGACUAGCAUCCGAGAAGAAGUAGGUCCGAGAAAAGUGAUCGAAAAAAGGUUGGAGGGGCGUUCGUUAAAAGCAGGGAGAAGGAAGCGAAAUAUAUUCGAAGAAAUAUUCGGAAGCGAAUAAGUACGUACGUACGGAGGAAAAAAUCGAAAUACGAUAACGAAACCGUGGUUAAAUGAAAAAUGAGAUGUGUAUUGAGAACUGUGCUGCGAUAUGCAAGGCGACGUAAAUUUGGGUGGGGACGGGGAGAAGGGAGGGGAAAGGAAAUGAACGCGUGAAGAAGCGACGAAAAAAAGAGAGAGAGAGAAGCACGGGGAGAUGAGACGUUAAGGGAAAAAAAAAAAAAAGAAGAGACACGUCGAUAUUUUAAAGUUCGGACGUGAAGACAAAUGGACGUGAAACAAAACGAAGAAAUCGUAACGUCUGUCGCUAAUAAAUAAUGAUGGCAACAA